AUGAAUCGGAUUACGAUCAAUGAUAAUUUAUCAGAAAUAGAAUCAUCGGAAUUAGCUGAAAAACAACAAAAUGAUAAAUCUUCUUUAAGUUUAUUUCCUAUUUCUUCACACUCUGGUGUUAAAAAAUUAAACGAUAGAAUUAAUGAACAAGAAUUUUUUCUAGAUAUUCUUCCUUAUAUUGAUCAAGUGAAAAAUUUAAAACGUUCUAUGAACUCUACUUAUGAUAUUGAUUGGAAAGUUUGUCCUAAUCAAAAUGGUCAAGAAAUGUUCUUAAAAGAUUGGUAUAAAGAAAAUGAUAAGUUGAAACAAGAUAAGUUGCCAAAAGAAAAAGUAAUGGAAGAGAUAAAAAAAUUUACUUUUAAUCAAGAGGAAGACAGACGUGUAUUACAGAAAGUUGCUACCGAAAUAAAUUUAAAUCGAUGGUAUUUUUAUGGAGAAACAGCUGACGGUAGAGUAUCAGAAGGUUUUGUUGAUCAGAAAAAUGAAUUACGCCCUCUAGAGAUCGAUUUAAAAGAUAUUUUCCCAGAUGAUUUUAGAAAAGAAAAGUGUGAGAAAUUUAUUAAUAAAGAAGUUCAAAUUUUAACUCAUUUAUUGACGAUAUUUACUAAAGAUAAUGAAAAUUCAACUCAAAAUCAUUUUAUAAAAUCAAUAUCGAAAAUUGAUUAUGAAAAUCAAUGUUCAUUAAAUACAGGAAUCAGAAUUUAUGAUCUUAGAAAAAGUGAUCAUGGAAAUUAUUUAAAAAACAAAUUAAAUCCGAUUCGGACAAAAAUUUUGCUUGUGUAG